AUGGAUAAUAGAGGUAAAGAAGUUGAGCCUAUGAAGGUAACACUCAUUCAAACUCGUCAUGUCAUAGUUGAGCCUAAACAGUUCAAAACUACGGUACAAAGCUUAACGGCAAAAAACACUUCACUUGCAUGGAUUGAAGAUCCUUCUUACGCUUCGACGACGAAGCGUAAGCCACGUUCUACUCCGAGGAGUGAUGUUCUACGACUUGAAAGUUGUGGUGGUGUUAGUGAUGGAGGCAAUCAUGUUGUUUGUAGUAGCCGCGUGGUUGAUGGUAUUGGUGGCCAUGGCUUAUCUACGGUUGAUUUUGAUGAAAUGUUGCAUGGUCGUCUACCGUUCAUGGAAAAUUCAGAAAAUUGGUUAUGGAAUAUGUAA